AUGUCGCAAACCGCUACUACAAAAAGAACUUCAUGGUUUGAAACGAUCAAAGAUGCGCUUGUAAAUACUUUUCAAAAGACUAAUACUGAUGUUAGAGAAGUGUUGCAAACUGCAGCAAAAAGGGUUGAAGAUAUAAAAAUUGAUGACGUAAUUUUGGCUUUUAAAGAUUUGAAUGAUAUUGUUCUACCAAGAGCUUCAAUUGAAAUAUGUGAACAAGAAUUAAAAUUUAUUAAAGAUAGAAGACAAAUUAUCCAUGAAAAUUUUGCAAAAUAUGUUGGAGUUGAUGUCAGUGAAAUUCAUGAAGAUGAUAUUCCAGUAAUGGCAUUUAUGGGAAGUGGUGGAGGAUUUAGAGCUAUGAUUGGUCUCAGUGGUGGUAGUUUAUGUUUAGCUCAACUAUUUUCAUCAAGAUGUCAAUCAACCGAGAAUCCACUUCAGACAUUAUUGGAAUUUUAUAGAACUAAACUUUCCUCUAGUAUUAUUAAUGCUCAUGGUAUUUUACAAGGACUUGCUGAUACUACUAAUCAAAAACUUGCUGUUGGAUUAUCAUUUGGUUCAUUAAUUCAGAAAAAAGCUUCCGGGGUAGAAUUAUCAAUUAUGGAUAUUUUUGGUGCUUUAUUAGCAGCUAAACUUAUGGUUAGAACUGAUCCCACAAAUCAACUUGGGGAUUUUAAAUUAAGCGAACAACAAAAAUAUAUUGAAGGUGGAAAAAGUCCUAUGCCUCUUUAUGUUGCAGUUUCUCAUAUUCGUCCAUGGAAAGAUAUUCUUGAACCAGAGGAAGCAGCAUUGAUUCCAGAUUAUGAUCAAGUUUACGAAGCACAUAUAAAGAAGAAAGAUUACUAUCAAUGGUAUGAAUUUAGUCCUUAUGAAAUUGGAUCCGAUGAACUUCCAGCAUGGAUUCCUUCUUGGGCAUUUGGUAGAAAAUUUAAAUCUGGAAAAACUGUUGAACGAUUCCCUGAACAAAACUUUUGUUUAUUAAUGGGAUUAUUUGGUUCUGCACCAGCUGCUCCAUUUAUAGAAGAUCUUAAAGAGAUAGCAGUAUUCCUUCCCGAAGGAAAAAUUAAAGAACAUUUUAAAUCUGCAUAUGAAAAUGUACAUCAGAAUCAACAAGUAGUUGAAGGAUCUCAUCCCAUUCCACCUCCCCAUAAUCACAAUUUCGCUUAUCGUGUUAAACCACCACCAUAUAAACUUGGACAUACUAAUAAUGAAGUACUUGACCUUCUUGAUGCUGGAUUAUCCAAUGAUUUUCCUAUGUAUCCAAUUUCUCAUCCAAGUCGAAAAGUUGAUUUAGUAAUUGGAUUUGAUUGUUCUGCUAGUGUCAUUGAUCAUAGCAAUUUUGAUACAGCACAAGACGCAUUCUGUACUCGUCGAGGAUUUAAAAGAACUACUCGAGAUGAAACUAACAAAUAUUGUGAAGUUUUUGAUUAUAUACCAGUUGGUAAAACUGAUGAUGAAUACCUAACUCCAGCUCAAAAACAAUUCGUAUUUUGUUUAUUGCAAUAUGUACAUAACGAUAAAGUUGAUCCAAAUUUUGAACCCGCUAUUGCUGAUUUCGCUACUUUAAAUAAGUUCGCUUAUACAACUGAAAAUGUUGAUUUAAUGAUUAAAUUAGCAAAACAAAAUUGGAAGGAUGGUGAAGAAAAGGUUAAAGAAAUUGUAAUUGAUACUUGGAAGAAAAAGAAGGAAGCAAGAUUGAAUGGAACUGUUUUUCCAUAA